UAGACAACCCUGCCCAUGUCCAUCUUCCUCCGACAGCCACUUGCCGCCUGCCGUUGUCGUCUUCUUCUCCAGUCCACCUCUCACGGUCCUCGCAACAUAACAAUGGAUUUCUUCAGUUCACAGGGUGAAGUCCAUCCCCUCCCCCGAGCUCCAUGAUCGCUUCUUCCCCAGUAGCUUCGCGGUCCUCAGCGUAGAAUCUGAAGACAGAAUCUGAGCCUGCCGGAGGUUCACAUUGGAAUCGAUCAGUCUCAAUCUCAUAUGCGUCCUGGAUUAUAGAAGGUAUGUAUACUACCACUCGAACUCACAACAAUGCCUCGUGUGUAUCACCCCAGUUUGACCCGAUUAUUCGGUGCUUGGUCAAUGAAUCCAUGAGCAAAGUGACCCCUGUCGUGACCAAGGACACAAAUAUUGCGCAUGAUUGGGCCAUCACAAUUCUUAUUUGUGGGAAUACUGACAAGUUGACUGGAACCGUGACUUUAGAUGAAGAGAAGCUUUCCAAGGCACUUGAUGUUUAUAUUCAUGUUGGCUCGUAUAUUCCAAUGAUAUUCGGUACCAAUGGAGCCCAAUUGGCUUUGGUUGGGCGAGGAAGGAUUAUUGCAGCUGCAAAGCAUUCAGACUGGUUAAGGGGAAGGAAGUAUGUGGAGCAGUUGAGGCCUCCUUCAGUGAAUGAGUUACUGCUGUCAAAUGAUGGUGAUCAUAUACUCGAAGGAUCAGUGACCGACUUCUUUGUUGUGACCCAGAGGGGCGAAAAAUCUGCCGAUGUAAAGGAAAGCACCUACUCUUCUUUUGAAGUACAGACUGCUCCCCUUGGUGAUGGAGUUCUAUCCUGCUGUUAUAUAAGGCAACUAGUCAUUGAAGUAUGCUUGGAAAAGGGAAUACCGGUCAGAGAAGUUGCACCUUCGUGGUCGAUGCGCGAAUGGCGGGAAGAGGCCUUUGUCACAAGUCAACUUCAUUGUUUAAGGAGAGAUCACUCAUGGCAUUGACUAUUUUAAUUUUGAUGAUCAUGGUUGCGGUAGCUGCGGGCAGCUUGCGCCUUCUGCAGCAUGUGGAAAGCGCUCCGAACAAUUGGGACCCAUCAGAAUCAAGAAGCUGGAAUGAGAUAGAAUGGGAGGAGAAGCUCUUGAAGUAAAAUUUAUCAGAGGAGGUCAUGGUGAAGGCAUUUUCCGACGGUUACUCGAUGACCCGUAAACUCUGGUGUGUAACUACAUCGAGACAGUGGGAAUCCACCUGCAUGUAUCCUACAGAAGAUUAAAAACAGGAUCAAAACAUGUCAGUAACCAAGGAAUUUUACGGCGUGGUUGUAUUCAAUGACAUGAUUGAACAAGAAAACUAACUGAGUUUCGAUUAUAUGAAAGAUUUGCUUAGUAAAAUCCAGUUCAUGACUUGAAGUGACAAGGUAUGUUAUUAUGGUA